AUGCAAAGAAAUAAUUUUAAAAAGUUCUUUACAAUGCCAGUGAGCAUGGUUCGACAUCUCAAGAGAAAUGCACUGGCAGCAGAUCUUUCGCCUACGGAAAAUGCAACAUCAAAUGAAUUCAAGAAGCAUUUGCAAAAUGAGGUUGAAAGGGAGAAAACAAUUCAGCAAAGGAAAAAAAAAAAACGAGCUCAAUCAAAAGAACUGCCAAGUUCCACUAAUAAAACCAAAUUACCAUCACAUAAUAAGAAAGAAAAACAUAAACAGACAGAUCCUGAGUAUGAAAUUGAUAUCGAAGGGCCUCUCAGGAAAAUUAAGCCGUAUCACUUUACAUACAGAACCUUUUGUAAAGAACGCUGGAGAAAUAGAAAGCUGAUUGACGUUUUCACGUCUGAAUUCCGGGAUCGCGAACCUGAAUACUAUCGAAAAACAAUUGCCAACGGUAGCGUUUGUUUAAAUGAAAAGACGGCGGACUUGUCUACCAUUAUUCACAAUGGAGACCUGAUCACACAUCAAGUCCAUAGACAUGAGCCCCCAGUCACUUCCAGGCCCAUAAAAAUUGUUUUUGAAAAUAAUAACAUAAUGGUUAUUGACAAGCCGAGUGGUAUACCUGUUCAUCCGACCGGUCGAUAUCGAUUCAAUACGGUGACGAAAAUGUUAGAGAAUAAAUUAGGAAUUGCAGUGAAUCCAUGUAAUAGGUUAGAUAGGCUCACAAGUGGAUUAAUGUUUUUGGCAAAAACCCGGGAGGGAGCUGAUGAAAUUGGUGAUCAAUUGAAAGCUCGGGAAAUUAAUAAAGAGUACGUAGCCAAAGUGAUCGGUGAAUUUCCAGAAACGGAAGUAGUUGUUGAAAAACCUCUAAAGCUGAAAGAGCCGAGGCUUGCUCUUAACGUGGUGUGCCAAAUGGAAGAUGAAGGUGCCAAGCACGCAAAAACCGUUUUUAACAGAAUAAGCUACGAUGGGAAGACGAGUAUUGUAAAGUGCAAACCACUUACUGGACGAUCGCACCAAAUUAGAGUACACCUACAGUAUUUAGGCCAUCCAAUUGCUAAUGAUCCUAUCUAUUCAAAUAAUGAAGUCUGGGGUAGCAGUCUAGGCAAAGAUGGGCAGACAGACUUCGAUACAGUCAUAGCUAAAUUAGACGAAAUAGGGAAAAGCAAGCCCGCUAAAAGCUGGUUUCAUGAGAGCUUCGGGUACAGCGAAGUAUUAAGGCAAGAACAAUGCUCUAUUUGUGACUCAGAUCUUUAUACUGAUCCUGGUCCUAAUGACCUUGAUCUUUGGUUGCACGCAUAUCUAUACGAAUCUACAGAGACUGACGAAGAAACUGGAGAGAAAAAAUGGUGCUACAAAACCGAUCAUCCAGAUUGGGCUCAUGCAAUAUAA